AUGAAUAUGCUCAUUGCUCAAGAAGAAGACGACGACGAUGAUCAAGUUAACACAUUUACUCACUGUCACUAACAAGCUUCCUCAUUCUUCCGAAUCAUGCUAUUCGAUUUGGAACCCUAAUCGUUCCUUGUCUCUCUCUUCCCCUUUCCAUUCCCAUUGCUAUUCUCUCACAGAUCACAGGGUACUCCACAGGGUUCUUGAACAAUGCAGAGUUUCCAGGGAUUCCAAAACUGCAGCAAAAACCCAUGCAAGGGUUGUAGUACUUGGGUAUGCUACGUACCCAUCACUUGUUUCUUCUCUGGUUUCAACCUAUGCUAACUGUCACCUACCCCACAUUGCAAAUCACGUUGUUCAUCAUGCUUUCACCCAUGUUUCGAACCUAUUCAACAUGAACUUGAUACUUGAAAGGUUGAUGAAAGUUGGGCAAUGCGAUGUUGCCAAGAAGGUGUUUGUUAAAAUGCCUGUUCGAGAUGUUGUUUCUUGGAACACCAUGAUUGGAGGGUACGUGAAGAACUCGCGGGUUGUUGAUGCACUGAGCAUUUUCAGGGGGAUGCUGAAUGCUAAAGUUGAGCCCGACGGGUUCACAUUUGCUUCUGUGGUUACUGCGUGCGCACGCCUUGGGGCUCUUGCUAAUGCCAAGUGGGUGCAUACUUUGAUGGUGGAGAAGAGGAUUGAGCUGAACUAUAUACUGAGUGCUGCAUUGAUUGACAUGUAUGCUAAGUGUGGUAGAAUUGAUGUUUCGAAAUGUGUUUUUGAAGAUGGUGUGCGCGAUCAUGUGUCGGUUUGGAAUGCUAUGAUUAAUGGGUUGGCAAUUCACGGGCUUGCUUUGGAUGCAGCUGCAGUGUUUUCUAGGAUGGAGAUGGAAAAUGUUUCGCCUGAUAGUGUUACUUUUAUUGGGAUUCUGAUAGCUUGUAGCCAUUGUGGAUUGGUUGAAGAAGGUCGUAAGUACUUUGAUAUGAUGCAGAACCAAUUUUUAAUUCAGCCACAACUUGAGCAUUAUGGUACCAUGGUUGAUCUGUUAGGACGAUCAGGGCUUUUGGAUGACGCGUAUGACAUGAUUAAAGCUAUGCCAAUUGAGCCCGAUGUUGUUAUCUGGAGAGCACUUUUGAGUGCUUGUAGAAACCAUAGAAAGAAAGAACUUGGUGAAGUUGCAAUUGCCAAUAUAUCACGUCUUGAGAGUGGUGAUUUCGUCCUGCUAUCGAAUAUGUAUUGCUCUUUAAAGAACUGGGAUAGUGCUGAGAGGGUGAGACAGAUGAUGAAAAAGGGAGGAGUUCAUAAAAAACAGGGUAAGAGUUGGAUUGAAUUGGGGGGCAGCAUUCACCAAUUCAAGGCAGCCAAUCACUCGCAUGCUGAAAUGAAAGCAAUUUACAGAGUGUUGGAAGGACUGAACCAAAGGGCUAAGCUGGAAGGCUUUGCUCCCAUGACAGAGUUGGUUUUGAUGGAUGUUUCCGAAGAGGAAAAAGAGGAAAAUUUAAACUUUCAUAGUGAGAAGUUGGCCUUGGUCUAUGCCGUGUUGAAAACUAGCCCUGGAACUAAAAUCAGAAUUUUCAAGAAUCUUCGUAUCUGUCAAGACUGUCAUAAUUGGAUAAAAAUUGUGUCCAGAAUAUUAAACAGAGAAAUAAUCGUGAGGGAUCGCAUCCGUUUUCACCAAUUUGAAGGUGGUUUUUGCUCUUGCAGAGACUACUGGUAGA